AUGGAGCUCGAGGCUAUGAGUCAGUACAUGAGCCAGGUCAACCCGGCUGUCUUCCCACAACUGACUAUGGUACUUCUGGACAUCGGCAUGUUGUUUACCGCCUGGGUCUUAGUUUAGGAAGUCACCUCAAAAGAGCUUCUCAUCUCCUUGGUGGCCUCUCUCUUCAUGGGCUUUGGAGUCCUCUUCCUGCUGCUCUUGGUUGGCAUCUAUGUAUGACUUCCCAAGGGUACCCACCAGGCAGCUUCAUCAAGUCCCUGCUUUUGUAAAUUAAUUUUUUACAUUGCUAC